AUAAAAGCGCCACUCCACCAAUGGGACAUGUCUCAUUACGGUUCACAGUCAGAUCCCGCCAAGAUGUUCAACGGGAGAUCGCGCGGUGGCGCACAGUCACAAGAGAUUCGAAGCAGCAGCAACGGCGCCAGGAGGAGGGGCAGUCCCCUCUGGGUUGUGGGCGCCCUGCUGCUGAUCCACCAGGUCCUGGGCGUGCCGGCCAUGUCGCUGGACCGCCUGGCGCUCGAGCGAAACGAGCUGCCGGCCCAGACGCCCCAAGCCCAGUCCCCAGCCGACGUCCUCGUCGACGACAUGAAGCUAGCCUCAGUGCCCUCGGCCGCCUCCGGCGCCGCGGACAUGUUCAUGCUCAUCCCGGAAACGGUGGCCAGCCAGCUGGAGGACACCGACCACGUCAACCGCAACUCCAUCGAAGCCGACGCCGAGAUGGAAGCCGCCGACCCGGCCGGCUCCGCCUCCGACAUGCUCAUGCUGGAGAGCGACUCUAGCCCGGCCCUCCAGCUGGUGGAGCUGCCCAGCGACAUCACCGUGGCCGAGUCCCCUAUGGACACCGAACAAGUGCAGGCCCAGCAGCCCGAGUCGAUCGAGGAGCACGUGGUGGUGAAGCCCAGCAGCCAGGAGGCGCAGCUGGAGCAGGCCCAGCUCGAUACCGAAGCUACCGAAGCGGCGCCCGCCGCCGAGGAGGAGCCAGAGCCCGUCGAGGAGGAGCAGGAGCAGCCAAUGGCCAGCAACGAUGCCGUCGACGAUGAGCCGGAAGUGGCCACCGAAAGCGCCGACGAGAUCCUCUCGAGCGCCGUGGAGGAAAUGGAGAAGGACAUCGAGCAGGCUAUGGAGGACGAGCCCCAGGAACCCCAAGCCGAGGAGUCUCAGCCAGAGGCCAUCGAAGCUCAGCCAGAAGCCGAAGCCGAGCCCGUGCCGGAAGCCCAGGCUCCAGAAACCCAGCCUGAGGCCGAAUCCCAGCCAGAAAUCCCAGCCGAAGCCCCGAAGGAGCCGGAGAGUGCUGACAACAACGAGGUGGACACCACGGAGGCGUCGCUGAUGGAAACUCUGGUCGAGGGCAUCGAGCAGGGACUCACUGCCGCCAUGGACAACCUGGUGCCGGAGGAGUUGGCCGAAAUAAACGAAAGCAAACAGGAGCAGGAGCCAGAGAAGGAGCAGGAGCCGGAGCAGGAGCAGGAAGAGUCUGCUCCAGCUGUCGAGGCCAGCGAAGAGGGUCAGGAACAGGAGAAGGAAAAGGAAACUGAAGCUGAGCCCAGUCUGGCGGACGAGCCCGAGGCAGAGACUGCCACUGAGAAGAUUGAAGAGGAGACUGCCCCAGAAGCCGAGGCUGAGGAGGAUGCUAAGCGGGAGGAGGAAGCCAAGCCAGAGGAGGAAGCCAAGCCAGAGGAGGAAGCCAAGCCGGAGGAGUUGAAGGCCGAGGCCGAGCCUGAAGCCAUGCCAGAAGAGGAACCCCAAGCCGAGGAAGAGGCCAAGCCCUUGGAGGAAGCCCAGCCAGUGAAGGAAGAAGCCCAGCCAGAGGUGCUGCUCCAGAACGAUGCUGAGACCGAGCCGGAAGAAACAAACGAAGUGAAGCCAGUGGAGCCCCAAGCUGAAGUCCCAGCUGAGGUACCUGCUGAGAUCCCUGCUGAGACUCCUGCCGAGAUCCCUGCUGAGAUCCCAGCCGAAGCCACCAAUGAAAUCCUUGCCGAAGUCCCAGCAGAGACUCCUGCUGAGGAAUCCCAGCCAGAAACUCCCGCCGAAGCUCCCGCCGACACUGAAAAAGAUACUCCAGUUGAGAUUCCCACUGAAGCCGUGCCACAAACCCCAGCUGAAGCUCCCGCCGAAAUCCCAGCUGCCAUCGCCCCUGAAGCCCCAGUGGAAGUUCCAGCCGCAGCCCAAUCCCAGCCAGAACCAGUGCACCAAGAGCAGCCAGCCAUGGAGGAACCCAAGCCCACCUCCUCCCUGUUGACUACCAUUAUUCCAAUGGUGCUGCCCCAGCCCCAGAGCCAGAACCAGAUCCUGGUCCAGGACAGCGUGCUCAACUACGUGAACGCCUCGUUCCAGCAGCCGCAGGGUGAUCUGCCCAAGGCCGAGGAGCAGUACCAGGAGUCGCCCUUCAACGCCCACCUGCGCCGCUACGACGGAGCCCAGGUGUGGCGCAUCGUGGUCCAGACCGACAAGGACAAGCGACUGGCCGACGAGCUGCAGUCCAAGUAUGAUGGCCAGCUGUGGAAGGAGGUCAAGCAGGAGGUGGACUACCUGCUGAAGCCCCAGGUCCUGGCCGCCGCCGAGAGGCACAUCCGGGCCGCUAACCUUUCCCGCAUCGUCCUGAUCGACAACCUGCAACACGUCAUCGAGGUGGAGAACCCGCCAGCGGAGAAGAUCGCCGAGCUGCAGAAUCGCAAAGGACACCGACUCACCUGGCAGGCCUACCACCGCCUCGAGGACAUCCACGGCUUCAUCGACUACAUGGCCAAGACCUACCCGGACAUCUGCUCCACGGAGGUGAUUGGCUACUCGGUGGAGAAGCGCCCACUGAAGAUUCUCAAGAUAUCCAACGGAAAUGCCCGCAACCCCGGAGUCUGGAUCGACGGAGGAAUGCACGCCAGGGAGUGGAUCAGCCCCGCCACGGUCACCUUCAUCGCCAACCAGCUGGUCGAGGGCUGGGAGGACCUGCCCGAGCACAUGCGCAGCAUCAACUGGUACAUCCACCCGGUGGCCAACCCCGACGGCUACGAGUACUCCCACACCACCGACCGGCUCUGGCGGAAGAACAUGCGCGCCCACGGCCGCCAGUGCCCGGGCGUCGACCUGAACCGCAACUUCGGCUACAAGUGGGGCGGCAAGGGCACCUCGGCCAGCCCCUGCUCCCAGACCUACCGCGGCAGCAAGGCCUUCUCCGAGCCGGAGACCUUCUACAUCUCCAAGUUCAUCAGCGGCUUCCCGCGCGAGACCUUCCAGGCGUACCUCUCCUUCCACAGCUACGGCCAGUACAUCCUCUACCCGUGGGGCUACGACUACCAGCUGACCCAGGACAGGGCUGAUCUGGACCGCGUGGCGCGUCAGGCCGGAACGAGCAUCACCAAGUCGACAGGAGUCAAGUACACGGUAGGCUCCUCGGCCACCACCCUUUACCCGGCCGCCGGAGGCUCCGACGACUGGGCCAAGGGCAUCGCCGGCAUCAAGUACUCCUACACCAUCGAGAUGGGCGACACGGGUCGUUAUGGCUUCGUCCUGCCCGCCCGGUUCAUCCAGUACAACGGCAAGGACGGCUACACGUUCGCCGACACGGUCGCCCGGGCGAUCGCCCAGGGCCGUGGCAAGGCGGUGGCCCGCAACGGAGGUGGCACCAGCAGCAGCAGCAGCAACAGCAGCAGCCGGAGGCGCCACCACUAGAGCUCCGAGCUCCACUUAGUUCAAUGCGACUCUGUUUAGCAGCGACCUAGGACCUUUUUUUUUGCUAUUUAUAUGGAAACUAUUUAUUUAUUUAUUUAUUCUACUUGUAACUAGACGAAUUGCACACAACCACACACCAGACACUCAUCGAAAUAGACUGAGAGAAGUUUAUUGUAA